CCCCCUCCUCCAGCAACAUACACCCCACCCCCCAACACCCACCCCCGCCCCCUAUCUAAUACAGAGACAGCAUGUCACUGAAGAGUGGAACUUAUUUGCCUGCGGAUGGACCCUACUUGCUUUACCCUUUUCCUCUGGGACACCCCCGCUAGACUUUCUUUCCGGAGCUCCGACAAGAAGCUUCCAAUGAGCCCCCAGCACAGACCACUGUAACUUCAGAAGAAAGCGGGGGGGCAGAUUGCCCUUUACUGAUCAGAGGGACAUGGUCACCCGAAUUUGCCUGGUGCUCGCUGCCUGUGUCGCUGCGGACCUGGUUCUAGCGGGAGGGAAGAAGACCUAUCAGGGUCCAUGUGCGGGACGAGAUUGCAGCGGGGGCUGCAAAUGCUUUCCAGAGAAAGGAGCUCGGGGUCGCCCAGGUCAACUUGGGCAACAGGGUCCAGCAGGGCCUCCAGGAUUUAUAGGGCCAGCCGGAGUUACUGGAUCAAAGGGUGAAAGAGGAUCUCAAGGAUUAGCAGGACCGUCUGGACCAAAGGGAGACCAGGGUCCUAUGGGUGUCUCAGGGUUCCAAGGUGGCAAUGGAAUUCCGGGUCAUAGCGGACAACCGGGUCACCGAGGUUUGCCUGGUCUGGACGGUUGUAAUGGUACUUUUGGGGAUGAUGGAUUUCCUGGGUCUUCUGGCUUUCAAGGAACUCCUGGAUUUCAGGGUAUUCCAGGUCCCAAAGGUCAGAAAGGUGAACCUUCCUAUGCACCAGGGGAAAUUAAAGGACCAAAGGGGGAUGAUGGACGCAAUGGAGCUGAUGGUCGUCCUGGAGCCCGGGGACCACCUGGCCCUCCUGGCUUUACAGGGCCGUCAGGACCACCCGGAUUACCAGGUUUACCCGGCCCAACUGGGUUUCCUGGUCCAGAUGGUAGCUCUGGACCAGAUCCCCCAGUAGAGAAAGGUGACAAGGGAGACACUGGUCGCCAAGGAGAUCCAGGACCCCCAGCAUCCACCGGUGGAAUGGAAUACAAAUAUCUUCUGAAAGGGUUCAUCGGCGAUACAGGUGAUAUUGGUCGUCCUGGAACUCCUGGGAAUCCUGGAUUGCCUGGUCUACCGGGAUUCGGAGGCCUGGGAGAGAAAGGGGAGAAAGGCGUCCCUGGACUUCCUGGUUUAAGGGGCUUUCCUGGGUCUGAUGGAUUUAAUGGGAUUCCUGGUAGCAAGGGACGGUCCGGUCUUCCUGGUUUCAUUGGACUUGAUGGCUUCAAGGGAGUGAAGGGGGAACAAGGCAGCAUCGGUUAUCCUGGUAGCUCUGUAUAUAUAAGUAAUGGUGAUUUGGCAGUGCCAGGCCCACCAGGUGAUCCAGGUUCCCCUGGAUUUCAAGGUAUGCCAGGGGACGAUGGACCCAGUGGUCCACCUGGCUUUCCUGGUCAACCAGGGUUACCAGCAUUCGGAAGAGGCUUUCCUGGUACGCCAGGAUUUCCAGGAAUUCUGGGAUCUAAGGGGGAAAGGGGAGAUCCAGGAAGAACAACAUAUGGACCAAAAGGACUUCCAGGCAAUACUGGUCUUCCUGGACCACCUGGCCCCAUAGGAUUGCCUGGACCCUCUGGUUUUCCCUUCGGUAGACUUCAAGGUGGAGAGCCUGGAGACCCUGGACAAAAAGGAAUACAAGGGCCUCCAGGAAGAUUCGGUGGCAAGGGAUAUAAAGGUGACUCUGGUGACUGUGCUUGUGAGAGUGGCGGCACCGGUAGAGUUGGACCCCCUGGCCCACCGGGUCUGCCAGGCAGUAAUGGUUUUCCUGGGCUGCAAGGACAAACUGGUGAUCCCGGCAGAAGAGGAUCAGAUGGCCAACCUGGACCUUCUGGCUAUGCUGGACAAUCUGGUUCUCUGGGACAAAAGGGGGAGAAAGGAGAGUCAAUCUUUCUACCAGGGCGAGGUGCCCGCGGUGACCCUGGAUCUGUUGGACCUAGAGGUGCCCCAGGAUUUUCAGGAAACCCAGGAAGAGAUGGACUCCCAGGGCUGCCCGGACGUAAAGGGCCACCUGGUGAUGGUGGAGUUGGUAGUCCUGGUGAGAAAGGUUUCCCAGGGCAGUAUGGACAAAAGGGAAGUCGUGGUGAUACUGGGCUUCCAGGUAUUGGUUAUCCAGGUGUACCUGGAUCUCGCGGGCUUCCUGGUGACCCAGGACAAGCAGGACAAGAUGGACGACCUGGGGAACCUGGAGCUCCUGGUGACUGCUGCUGCGGGGACAAUGUUGGUAAUGGAGACUUAGUCACAGAGGGAGGACUGACCUUGCCAUGCAUAAUAGCUGGGGAAACAGGUGAUCCUGGAAUCCCCGGAGAUUCUGGUAAUCCAGGUCCCAGGGGUGAAAAAGGGUUCCCAGGAAUUCCAGGACUGCAAGGAUUUGAUGGUGGCAAAGGACAGCCAGGCAGUCCAGGACUUGGUGGAUAUCCAGGACCGCCAGGAUUUACAGGACCCCGGGGAGAAGAAGGUCCUUCUGGAUAUCCUGGUUUGGAUGGCUUUGCUGGACUUUCAGGAAAGAUGGGUAUGCCUGGCUCCCCUGGUCAGAAAGGAGCACGUGGCGAAGUUUUGGGUGCUGAGCCUGGUGCUCCUGGUGAACCUGGAAGACCUGGCGUGAUAGGAGAUAAGGGAGCCAGAGGAGACCCUGGAUUUGAUGGACAGAGAGGUUUAGAUGGACGACCAGGGCUGAUGGGUGCUAAAGGUGAAAAGGGUAAUUCAGGUUACCCUGGUAGCCCCGGUCCCAGAGGGCAACCUGGAUUUGGAGGCACAAUGGGCAUUAAAGGGAAACAAGGACCCAUGGGUGACAUUGGACUCCCAGGGCCACCAGGUUUCCCGGGAGCAAAGGGUUUUCCUGGUGAUAGGGGUUUACCCAGCCCGGUAGGAAAGAAGGGUGGUGACGGUCCUAAAGGAGAUGCAGGUCGUCCUGGAGACUUGGGAUCGCCCGGACCUCCAGGCCCAAGUGGACGUGAUGGCCAAUCAGGUUUCCCAGGAGUUAAAGGUGAUAAAGGCUCUGCAGGUUUGAUUGGGUUUCCUGGUAUGCCUGGUCCACCAGGACCCCCCGGUGCCAAUGGAUUUAAAGGAUUUGAUGGACUUUUUGCAAGAGAUGGGUCUCCUGGAUUUGAUGGCAGAAAAGGAGAACAAGGCAGUAGAGGUGAGCCAGGACCACCUGGUCCCCUAAUACCUAUGGAUCUAAAUCUGCUCAAAGGAGAUCGAGGAGCCUCAGGAAGGAAUGGACAACCAGGGUUCCCUGGCCCAAGAGGUGAUAAAGGCCUUCCUGGUUUUCCUGGUUCACCUGGGCUCCCUGGUUUGCCAGGGUCUCCUGGAAGAGAAAAGGGUUCACGCGGUGGGCCUGGAUUGCCGGGAUCUUUUGGGAGGCCAGGUCCUCCUGGGCUGAAGGGAGCACCGGGGAUCAUCGGAUUUCCUGGUAUGCCAGGACCAACUGGUGCAGACGGGCUACCGGGAAUAUCAGGCUAUCCUGGCCCAAGUGGUCGACCUGGCAGUAAAGGUGACCGUGGGGAGUCGCUGGGGCAGCCCGGUCCUCAAGGACGCAGGGGAGAACGGGGAGAGCCAGGAAGCCCAGGUGCAAGAGGAUUUGAUGGUUUUCCAGGAGAUGUUGGGCGAAUGGGAAAUCCAGGAAGCCCUGGACCAAAAGGUCUAGCAGGAGAAUAUGGCCGCCCGGGACAACCAGGUUCUCCAGGGCUGCAGGGAUUUAGAGGAAACCCUGGGCUUGUAGGAAUCUCAGGUGUGCCAGGACCUCCAGGAUUUCUCGGACCUGUAGGCAGUCCUGGUGUAAAAGGUUUUUCUGGAUCUCCAGGACUGAAUGGAUUAAAUGGCCUGCCUGGCACCAGGGGGUUACCUGGAACACCUGGUUUAAAUGAAGCAGGACGACCGGGAUCUCCGGGACUUUCAGGUCCUAAAGGAGAAAGAGGUUCUCCCAACACAGUGCCUGGACAACCAGGGUAUAACGGUCCAAAAGGCAAUGGUGGAGAUCCAGGCUUGCCUGGUGUUCCUGGGCCUCCUGGACCUCCUGGGCCACCAGGAGCCACCAAUGUCAUACCUGGGUUACCUGGAGAUCCUGGACCUGCUGGAAGAGAUGGGGAGUUAGGAUUGCCUGGCCGCCCUGGCCCUCGUGGUCCCGCUGGUCCAGCCUCCAAUCAAGGAGAUACGGGAGAUCCCGGAAUACCUGGAUCAUCUGGAAGACCUGGUGCAAAUGGAGAUCAAGGGAUUCCAGGAAGUCCUGGCAGCUCUGGGGCCCCAGGAGUAAAAGGUCUAAGGGGUGAUCCUGGUUUCAUUGGAGGUCCUGGUAGAGAAGGUCCUGUAGGAGAUAUGGGAUUUCCCGGUCCAAAGGGAGAAAAGGGGAACCCAGGUUUACCGGGUCCUGAAGGACUUCCAGGUCUACCUCCACUUGAUGAUUUUCAGGUUCCUGUUGGAACGCCUGGUCUGCCUGGAAUUAAUGGUUUUGAUGGUGGGGCUGGAGACCGUGGUCUACAAGGAACACCAGGACCAGUUGGUGGAAAAGGUUAUACUGGCAGACAAGGGCAGAUGGGAAGGAAUGGGCCAGCAGGUGCCCCUGGCUUUAUUGGUGAGCCUGGUGAUCCUGGCACUGUAGGACUACUUGGAUUUGAAGGUUCCCCGGGAAAGCAGGGCACUGCUGGAUUACCUGGUAUGCCUGGGCGCAGUGUGAGUGUUGGUUACACUCUAGUGAAACACAGCCAGGCUGAGCAGAUUCCUCCAUGUCCUAUUGGAAUGAACAAGCUCUGGGAUGGAUACAGUUUGCUCUAUGUAGAAGGGCAGGAAAAGGCUCACAACCAAGAUCUAGGUCUCGCCGGCUCCUGUUUACCUCGAUUUAGUACCAUGCCUUUUAUUUAUUGCAACAUCAAUGAGGUAUGCUACUAUGCCAGCAGGAAUGAUAAAUCUUACUGGCUCUCUACUUCGGCUCCAAUCCCUAUGAUGCCGGUGUCCAGCACGCAAAUUAGGGAUUACAUCAGUCGCUGCUCUGUGUGUGAGGCUCCUUCUCAGGCUGUGGCUGUUCACAGCCAAGAUAACACAAUCCCACAGUGCCCCGAAGGCUGGAGAAGUCUCUGGAUAGGAUACUCUUUUCUAAUGCACACAGCUGCCGGCGCAGAGGGAGGUGGUCAGUCCUUGGUGUCCCCUGGGUCAUGCCUUGAAGAUUUUCGGGCCACUCCAUUCAUUGAAUGCAAUGGAGCUAAAGGAUCCUGCCACUACUUUGCAAACAAGUACAGUUUCUGGCUCACUACAGUGGAAGAAACACAGCAAUUUGGUGGUGCUCCCCCACCUGAAACACUGAAAGCUGGGCAGCUUAGAACACGCGUGAGCCGCUGUCAGGUGUGCAUGAAGAACUUGUAGCACUCUUGCCUUACCAAGAACUCCGUCACUUGAUUUCCAGCCUCGGUCAGUGUAUAGAAAUGGCAAGCAGGCUGUCCAACCUGAAGCACGUUUGUCUCGGAGCUUGGAGAUGACAGCAAGGCACUUUCUUAGUGGAUAACAUGAAUAUUUUCUGUAAACUCAUCGAAUGAAUGAGUGACACGCUGUACAAUGAAGUAUGGACAGGUUACAUUUCGGAAAGUUAAUAUUUUAAAAGAAAAAUGGUGCUAACCUUUUAUUUUUAUUGUUUGUCUUCCAGUGAUAUAGUAUUCAUGGCUACCUCUGAAAGGCCUCUUGUAUUUUCAGAUCUAUGUUCACAUUGAGAUUCUGCUAUGUUUGGAGUAUUUGUCACCCAUAAGCCUGUGAACUUGAAUGUGGCUUUUGCUUGGAUUACUUUUUCUAUGAAAUAUUAACAAUUGUAUCAUAUUCACUUAUAUGUCUCUUAUAUGGCAGCCUGAAGGUAGAAAAGUUCCAACAUUUCUCAUGGCCAUUCCCUACAGCAGCAGUUCAGUCGCCCUCGUCUAUUAUUGAAGAGACCAUGUUCUGGUGUUACUUUGUACUGAGGAUGACUGACUUGCAUUAUAUUGAAGUAUUUGUUUAAAACAUGAAUAUAAUUUAUAGCAACAUAUUAUAUUGUUGCAGAGCAAAUCAUGACGUUAUAUUGUUGUAGAAUGUUCAGUGAUAGCACUUUAGGACUUGUUCACAUAGUGCCCUGGGUGGCAACGCUGCAUGUCACAUUACUGCGGGCAUUGCAAUUACAGCAUAUUUCAGGUAUGUUGGAUGCCUACUAUAUUAUAUCUGUGCUGUACGUGCAGUCAGCCGAGUCAAACCUCAUCACUUACCCCACUUCAGAGCUGAUAUAUGAGGUAGUGUUACAUGGAAAGCCGAAAGUCUCCUAAAAUGAUUGUGAUAAGUGAUUCUGCUGCCAUGAAGCUGUUCAUAGCUGACGUUACAUUUGCAUUAUCUCCAUAUAUGCAGUUGUAAACCUCAAAUUGUCCUGCAUCCUGGGAUGAAACAUAUUGGGGUAAAUUUACUAAGAUGGAAGUUCUAUUUAAGAUGGGAAGUUGCCCAUAACAACCAAUCAGAUUCCAGGUAUUAUCUUCUAGAAGGUGCUAGAUAAAUUAGAAGUAGAAUAUGAUUGGUUGCUAUGGGCAACAUCUCAUCUUAAAUAGAACUCCCAUCGUAGUAAAUUUACCCCAUUGUGUUAUAUUUAGUUAACCACUCUUUAUGAGGUAGCCUUGGUGCAUUUAUUUUGUAGUUAUAAACAUUUUCUUUUCACAGAGAUCCCUGUACAAGCUAAAACUAAUACAAUGUUGUAUGUAAAUUCUAGUGAAUAUUUGUCUCAUACUGUAGUUAGUAUUUACUUUAUAGAGUUUUUAUUCCAGAACCAUUUGUAUUGUAUUGCAUUAUAGCCGAGAUAUUCGUUUGAGUACAGAUCCAUAUUCAGGACUACUGAGAUGAACCUCUGUUGUACUUUAUCCCUAUGCAACAGCAUCAGACACAUGAAAUGUCUAAUGACAUGUACAGUAAUACCAUAUAAGGGAAGAUCUGGCUGCACUCAUCCACUGUGUAAAUGUCAAAUAAAACUGAUCUCCAAUUA